UCAAAUUUUAAUUUAAGACCAUCCGAAACUUUCCAUAUAGUACCCUGUAUUCUCGCGAAUAUCGAUUAAGCGAUAACUUAAUAUUAUGAGACACGUAAAAAGCUGCAUAAUUAAUUUUUACGAAGGGGCGAUCAAGUCCCAUUUGUAUUAUGACGGAAACGGAACAACGAGAAAGAAAAUGAUUAAAAAGUUAUCUCUCGAUCGAAAUAAAAAAAGAAAUGUAACACCUAUUGCACCUGCAUCGUGCCACUCGAAAAAAUUAAUUAUAUAAAAGGAAAGCAGUCCUCAUUAAACCACUCGACCGUUCCCUCCACCUCCACGUAGAAAGAACCUACAGCUCGACCCAGUUUCAAGAAUCGCCCUGUAGAGAGACGUCGAAAAAAGAAAGAAAAAAGAAAAAUACAGAGAACUAAAAUGUGACGAAGAUACGAUCACUUUGUUAUCAAUUACUACAUUUCAAGCGACCGUGGCCAGAAGUAUCGAAACUAUAGGAGUGUACCUACUUGAAUUCCAUUAGAGCGCCGUGGAAUAUUUUUAACAAAAAAACAAAUGUUUACUUCGUCCCAUCGUAUCUCGUAGAACGAGUAGAAAACACAGUUCGCCAAACAUUCUCGAUCGAAACUGGUCACGAACAAAAACGAGAUUCACAGUCCUCCCGCGAAUAAAACUUCAACGGUGCCGCACAUUUGAACGAGUGAGCUGAAUUAACAUGAAGACUCGUUAUCGAAGCAAUUAUGAAGUUUUUAUUGCCGCGAAGAAAUAUGAUCGAGAGCUCCCACCAUAAAUCUUCUCUUUGCAGACUAAACAAUCGUCUCGCAAGACCACGAUUGACAACCACGAUUCAAGGUUCACGCGUCCGAAGGCGAUCCUAAUCGGCGACUUGGUUCACGCCGCGCGGAAAAGAAAUGAAACGCAAGAGCAAAGGUUCGCGACAAUCUUCUCCCCUUAAUGUCUCGUAAUUCGCAUUUCGUCGCUCUCGUAGCUUCGAUGUAAUUUGCGCGCGACGGGAAAAUCAGGGGGAAAUUAUGCGAAGGGAGCAGGAACCACGGGGAAAUCGUGGACCAUGAACAACCGCGUGAUGGACGCCACGCAACAGUGCGUCGAAUUUUUGUCGCGCGUUGUCUGCUGGCUCUGGGAGACUCUCGACAAGUUAAUGGACAUCUUGUUCGACUUCCUGGCGAGGUUAAUCGAGCUGACACUAGCGGUGAUGAACCUGAUUUUCCAGACGAUUUGCUUCCUAAGGGACCUCUGUAUCGAGGCCAUGCAAACGUUCGCGAACAUUUUCCGGGGGAUCGUUAACGUUGUCAGGAACAUCACCUGCGAGGAAGUCGAGGACUUUGCCUCGGCUUGCAUCGUUGUUUUACUGUGGAUCGGUUUCUUCAGGAUCCUCAAGACCCUGAUCACUCAAAACGCUCGAGCCAACCUUUACCGUUUCUUUUAUCGAGCCCACUUGCCGAACACAAACAAUAAGCUAGCGGUUGAAAAAGAGGGUGAGUGCGCCUGUCCUGCGAGAAGAAAAACGGGGAAAAGGGCCGCCCGACGAAAUGAUAAACGAUUCCGAACAGAUUCUACGAAAGGGAAUUUGCAGGAUUGAAAGCCUGUAACAAAUCCGAGGAAUAAAUUUCCGCGCGGCAAGGAUGAUCGGGCAAACGAUUUGUGAUAAAUAUAUAAGAAAUAAACUGUAUAAUUUGCUUAUAAA